GGAAGGCCCCAAAUCUCUAUCCUCGGCGGUUACAUUCAUAGCUGCGGUCGAUAUCGCACUAAAUAUUGUAAAGCGAACCCUGCAGUACACGUUUGCAGCGCGCGAAGUGAACUCUCGUAGUGAUGGGCGCUUGAAACCGUUCCGCGGCCAGUACAUGACACAUGGUAGAUACGGGUAAAAGCCCGGAACCUUUUCCAACAGCAGAUGGCAUGGACGGCUCCGCGCAGGCGCCCAAGCGCCGGCGCAUGGGCUCCACCAGCGUCACCCCCGCGACCUCCCCACACACCAGCCAGCUCGGCCCUAACGCCGACGGCAUUAGCUUAGGUGCCGUAGCCGGCGGCCCGCACACGGCCACCGACGGCGCCGACUCCAAACCCGCCGGCGGCGCCUCCGCUCCUCCCGGGCUGCCCGGAACCCCGGGCAUGUCCCCCCCGCCAGCGGUGCCCAUCGGCAAAGGCGCCAAAGUGGUGGGUAAGGGCGGCAACCUAGUCCUCAGCCGCGGCGGCGGCGGCGGCACCGCUAACAAAGGCAAGGCUGGCGGCGGCGGCAAUCGCGGCGGCGGCGGCGGCGGCCGUGGCGGCGGCAGUAUGGCUUUUGAUGAUGUGAUGGACUCGGGGACGAUUUUGGUGCAGGGCAAGACCGGGGAGGUCCGCCUCCCGCUGGACAUCGGCACCCGCGUGGAUUGCAAGUGGCGAGAUGGGGCUUACCACACGGUCCGGGUCAUUGAGCGGCGGAAUUUCGGUGACCCGGGCGACCCGCGGGGCUGGGACUACUACGUCCACUACCUAGGAUUCAACCGGCGCAUGGACGAGUGGGUAACUCUUGCCCAAUUGGAUUUGUUCACCGCGGAGGUGGAGCAGCCGUUGGAGGGACCCGCGGACAAGAAGGGUCAGAAGAAGAAGGUGGCGGCUGAAGAGCACGAGAGCGACAGCGAGCAUGCGGACUUCGAUCCGACGGCACUUCGCGAGCAUGAGGAGUUCACCAAGGUCAAGAACAUCGAGACCAUCGAGCUGGGACGUCACCAGAUGGAUACCUGGUACUUCUCCCCGUUUCCCCCCGAGUACAAGGACUGCAAGCAGCUCUACUUUUGCGAGUUCAGUCUGCACUUCUUCAAGCGCCGCUCGCAGAUGAUCCGGCACAUGAGCAAGUGCGGCAUGCGCCACCCGCCAGGCAACGAAAUCUACCGCAACAGCAACAUCUGCAUGUUCGAGGUGGACGGCAAGAAGGAGAAGGCGUUCUGCCAGAAUCUGUGCUACCUAGCCAAACUGUUCCUGGACCACAAGACGCUCUACUACGAUGUCGACCUGUUCCUCUUUUACAUCCUCUGCGAGCUCGACGAGCGCGGUGCACACAUCGUGGGCUACUUCUCCAAGGAGAAGUGCAGCGAGGAGGGGUACAAUCUGGCCUGCAUCCUAACGCUGCCCGCCUACCAGCGCAAGGGCUACGGCAAAUUUCUCAUUUCUAUGAGCUAUGAGCUGUCCAAGAUCGAGGGCAAGGUUGGCACCCCAGAGCGGCCCCUUUCGGACCUGGGCCGGGUGUCUUACCACGGCUACUGGACCCGGGAGCUACUGGCCAUUCUGCGCGAGGCCGAGGGGUCCAUCUCCAUCAAGGAGUUGUCCGACCUUACCGCCAUCAAGCCCGAUGACAUCAUCAACACGCUGCAGACGCUCGGCCUCAUCCAGUACCAGAAGGGUCAGCACGUCAUCUGUGCGGCGCCCAAGUUGAUCGAGAAGCACCUCAAGGCGGCUGGAGGGCCCGGGCUCGUGGUGGACCCCACCAAGAUCGUGUGGACACCCUACAACGCGGAACGGGAUUACGCCAACUUUGGGCGCUAAGUGCGCUUUCGGGAACCUGAUGGUGUAUGUUCUGUGCGUUGGUAUCUUGAUGGGGUACUUUAGGGAACCUUCAUUCUCGGUGUUAAAAGGGCGCCGAUUUCUUCGGAUGGGGCAGCCCUUGGGGCAACAAGUUGGCUGUGGCUUCGAGAGAGCUGUUCCUGUUGUGGGUUAUGUUGGUAAGACACAGGUUGUGGAUGCCUGUAAGGCUUUGUGUAUGGCUUGGGGAUUGAGGGCUUAGUAUAUCACGUUCGAAUGUUUUGUGUUUUUAUUAACAGUACGGUGGAGGGCCCGCACAGACAAGACCGGGAUCCGUGUUAAGUAUUCUCUUUACUUCAGAUUGUAAUUAUAUGCUGUU